AUGAUUGCGGCCAUCCUCGCCGCCGCUGCUCUCCCCUCAGCACGCGCGCCGCUCUUCUCGGCCACGGCUGCUGCGUGUGCGGACGCCCGGCUGCUUGCCUCUCGGGCCGCAGCCGAGGAGGCAGACGCGGCCGUGAAGGCCGCCUACGAGGCUGUCAGAAGCGACAAGUCCGCCGCCCCAGCGCUGCAGCAAGCGCAACAGUUGCUGUCCACCCUGCGUCACGACGAGGCGUGCCGCGCCUGCGAGGUUUCGCUUCUCGGCUGUGCGGGCGGCGAGAGCUGCGCUGAAGCGCUCGAGGCACUCAGGGCUGCGGGCGUGUCCCCCGACGCCGCCUGCCUCCGGCUCGCGCUCGAGGCGGGCGCCGCGGGCGCCGCGGCCGGAGGAGACGUCGCGGAGGAGGCGCAGUGGGCAGUUCUGCACCUCGAGGACCUGCGGGGAGCGACGCGGCUCGCUCCUCGCGACGUGGGUCUUGCGCUGCGGCCGUGUGCCCUGGCCGGCCGGUGGGACCUCGCCGCCACUGCGCUCCGGGUGGCGGCACUGCUGCCUAGCCCAGAGGAGAGCGAGCUGCUUCUGCGCGCCUCGCUCCACCAGCACACGCACGGCUUGCCCUCCGCCGCCGCCGGCGUCACCGCCGCUACCGCCGCCGCCCGUCGCGAGGCGGAGAAGCUACUGGCGGCUCCGCUCGCGUCGGAGCUUGCGGCUAAACUGGCGAGCGGCAGCAGCGCGGGCGAUGGCUUCCAGCUGCGUGUGCGGUGGCCGCCUGCGGCGUGCGGUGCCCUCGCCGCCGCCGCAGCCGAGGCGCUGUGCGAGGCGCGCAAGGCGGGAGAGAUUGGGAGACGGGCUCAGAUGGUCGCUGGGCCCCUGGUGGCCGUCGGGUGCGACAAGGGAGUGGCGCUGCAGCUGGAAGCGGAGCUGGAGGCGGGCUCGGAGAGGGCUGCAGGCGCAGAGAGAGAGGCUGCGGCGGAGGCGGAGGCGGCGGCAGCGGCGGCAGAGAGGGCUGCUGAGGCGGCGGAGGCGGAGGCGGCGGCAGCGGCGGCAGAGAGGGCUGCUGAGGCGGCGGCGGCAGAGGAGGUGGAGGCGGAGGUGGAGGCGGAGGCGGCGUCCUUCUGGAGACCCGUCCUCGCCGCCUCCGCACCGGCGAGCGACGAGGCGGCCGCGCGGCUCCGCGCCUCGCUGCAGGAGGAGGUGAGGUCUGCCUUGCGGCAGCUCGGCCUCGCUGCCGACUCUGCGCGCGUGGAGGCGGCGGCUCGCGGCGGCAGCGUCGCGCGGAUCAGCGGCGAUGCGUUGGCCGAGUGGGUCUUGCGGCGCUGCGUCGCGCAGUGGCAGAGCAGGGCGGCAGCGGAGGAGGAGGAGAGGAGGCGGGAGAAGGCGGAGGCGGAGGCGGAGGCGGCGGAGGCGGCCGACCUCGCUGCACGCAGGCAGGCGAGGUGGGCGGCGAAGAACCAGCGGCUGGUCGACGGGGCUGUCGAGGAGGAGCGGCUGUCGCGGUCGUCCCUCGCGGUCGCUAUCGAUGACUGGUCGCUGCCGGGCAUCGGGCCGAGCCGAUCCAAGGCGCUCCGCGCUGCGGGCGUCGCGACCGUCGCAGAGCUCGCAGCCACGAGCGGCGGCGGGGAGGAUCGGCUCUCUGUGGCGAGUGGCGUCCCGCUCCGCACGCUCGUGGACGCCGCCCUCGCCCUCGCCAGCCUCCUCUGGCGUCUGGAGCAGCGGGCUGACGGCGGCGGCGUGCGCGCGGCGCGCGGCGAGGAGGGCGGCGGCAGCAUCGGGCGACACGACGACGCGCUGGACGACAUGGGCGCGCCGCUCUCGGCCGCUCGGCUCGACGACGGUGACGACGACGGCCUCUCGACGCACGCCGUCUUUGGCGAGCGCGCGGGGCCCGACGCUGCCGUCGAGAAGGAAGGGCAUGCAUCGCGCGUCGACGAUGACGCGCAAGCCUCGCGAUGCACGGGGAUGGGCCCACUCUUGCGUCGCCGCGCGCGUGAGCGCCGGCUCGGCCUCAAGAAGGGGCCGCGAUCGCCUCCAGCGCACGCGCACAUGCCGCCAGCAGUCUGGGUGCAGGAAGCCAAAGCCCAGCGAGAAGCUUGGCAGCUGCGGCGGCUCACGGUGGCCGGCCGCGGGUGCGAAGCCAAGCAGAUCGAGAGAGCGCACCGAGCCGAGGAGCGAGCUCUGCGACAGCAGGUAGCAGCCGCCGCCGCUGUGAGCCCCGCACAGCGAGCUGUCGGCGAGAGCGGCGGACGAGCAGCGGCUGCCCCUGCACAGCUCAAGUCGGCUGCCGACUUGUGA